UCAUCACUGUUCUCGUGGCAUUAUCUCCAGAUCUUUUUUAAAGUUGUACAUUAUUUAUAACAAUUUUACUUCAUUGUAUAGAAUUCAGUUAGCAAUGUGAUUUAUUAUUAGCAUAAACAUACUACAGACUUAGCCGGCCAUGCACGUGCACGAAGAAGCUCCCCGGUUACCAUGGCAACGACCCAAACAGAAGAGGGUAUCUAAACAGCGUUUGACUCCAAACUCGUCACACACAAGAUUAACAUCGUCCACACUGGAGCUCAUUUACCUCCAUCACCUGAUUAACAGUCACAGAAAACAGGAAAAUGGAUAAAUUCAGCAUUUCAGUAGAUCAGCUUUCAGUAAAUCAGUUCAGCUGUCCAGUGUGUCUGGAUCUCCUGAAGGAUCCAGUGGCUAUCCCGUGUGGUCACAGUUUCUGUAAGGUGUGUAUUAAUGCCUGCUGGGAUCAGAAGUAUCAGAAGGGGGUCUACAGCUGUCCUCAGUGCAGACACAAUUUUUUCAAUCCAAGGCCUGUUCUACACAGAAACAACAUGCUGGCUGAAGUAGUGGAGAUACUGAAGAAGAAUUUAGAAGUCCACUGUUACGCUAAAUCUGGAGAUGUGGAAUGUGAUUUAUGCAGUGGGAGAAAACGCAAAGCCGUCAAGUCGUGUCUGAUGUGUCUGGCCUCCUUUUGUGAAACUCAUCUGAAACCUCACUACGAAGUUCCUUCCUGGGAGAAGCACAAGUUGAUCGAGGUCUCUGAAUAUCUACAAGAGAAGAUCUGCUCUGAGCACCAUGAGGUUCUGAAGAUAUACUGUCGUACCGACCAAAGCUUCAUCUGUUACUUGUGUACGAUGCAUGAACACAGAGGACAUGACACAGUUGCAGCUGCAGCAGAACGAGCUGAAAAACAGACUCAGCUGAAGGAGGAGCAGAUGAAAUUCCAGCAGAGAAUCCAGGAGAAGCAGAAGAAGGUGAAGAAGCUGAAACAGGCUGUGAACAUUAUAAAGCUCAGUGCACAAACAGCAGUAGAUGAUUUGGAGGUGAUGGAAGAUCAGGAGAAGGCUGAACUGAGUCAAGCUGAACUUCUGAAGCAACAGGAGCAGGAGAUUUUUGAUCUUCAGAGGAGAAUCAUUAAGAUGGAGCAGCUUUCACACACACACGAUCACAUCCAUUUCCUCCAGAUUUUCCCGUCUCUCUGUUUCUUUUCUGAAUGUGAGGACUCACCCAGCGUCACUGUCAAUCGUCUCUCACUUGACGGAGUGAGGAAAUCUGUCUCUGAUCUGAAAAAGAGAUUUAAGGAAUUCAUCAAAAUUCCUCAACUUGCAGUUCAGAGGAUUUUACAUUCAGAAACAAAGAGCAGACAAGAUUUUCUUCACUAUUUCUGUGAUCUGACUCUGGAUCCCAACACAGUAAAUUAUUACCUCAUUCUGUCUGAGAAGAACAAAGUGGUGACACGCAGUUAGACAAAGCAGCCGUACUCUGAUCAUCCAGAGAGAUUUAACUCCUAUGAGCAGGUGUUGAGUAAAGAGAGUGUGUGUGGACGCUGUUACUGGGAGGUGGAGUGGAGCGAUGAGGACUGUGUGUUAAUAUCAGUCUCAUAUAAAGAUAUCAGAAGGAAAGGACGGGGUAAUGAGCACUGGUUUGGAGGCAACAACCAGUCCUGGAGUCUGCAAUGUUCUUCUUCUUCUCUCUGUUUCUAUCACAACAACAUAAUGACUGAUCUCAGAGUUCCAUCACCGUCCAGAAUAGGAGUGUAUGUGGAUCACAGUUCAGGAACUCUGUCCUUCUACAGCGUCUCUAAUAGGUUGAAGCUUCUCCACAGCCUCCACACCACAUUCACUCAGCCUCUAUACGCUGGAUUCCUCCUGCCUUUUAAUGGAACUGCAAAGUUAUGCCCUUUUGAGUGAAUCAUUUUAUAUAUAUAUAUAUAUAUAUAUAUAUAUAUUUACAAAACCUACAUAAA